UUGCUCGUCGGACAGUCGUCGUAAUUACUUGACUAACACAAUAUAAUACUAAAAAAAUUCCAAUAAAUAAUAAUUAUUAAGUACCUAUUAUUUAAUUGUCAUAAUGUUUGUGCACAUAGAAAUAAUAGUUAAUAAUUAGUGCGCAAUACAAUACAAGUUAUUUCAAGUGAUAAUAAUUUUUUUAGUUUGUUGGAGUGUUAAAUUAUCGAGUGCGACAUCUCGAUGGUCCGGUAGAUUUUGCCGGAAGGAUGGGGUCCUACGAUGGGGGACUGCCACUGCUCUAACAUCGCCAUCAUGCAGCUGUUCCAUGAGCUGAAGCAGCAGUUUCCUGCCCUACCAGAUCACGUUGUUUCUGAAUGCAUUGCCCAGAACAGCCACGACAGGGAGACAUGCACAGAGAGUCUGCGUCUGACCCAAGAAUUGCGGCCCUCGCCAGGAGCAUUUCCACCACCAGCACCGGAUUUAAAUAUCCGGGGCAUGAGUUUACCCGAGGAAAACCUGAGAACACAAAUAGGUCUUGCAGGUCACAGUCAUCAAUCACCAAAAGCUCAUCGUCCAGUUUCUCUGGACAUCGGACCAACACGUCGAUCACCUUUACACUCAACCCGACGUGUUUUAUUACCGCCCUUGCCUCAGAUUCACUGCAAUCCCUUGAGAUCUGGACCCUCGUCAGCACCCGCGGCUUAUUCCACCCGGGGCUUCUUCGAUGAUUUAUCAGGAAAUCAACUGACAAGUCCCGUUGAUAAUUUUAGUACCAUCAGGAACAUAAAUUCCUCUGGGUUUGAGCUAAAUGUUAACGUUGCCUGCAGUCCCGCUAGCAAUCGGGAUUUUCGGACCGUCCAAAGUCCCAAGAGCAAACGGAACGACUUGGGAGUCGACUCGCGACCAAUUCCUGAAUCACGUGAUCAAAUAAAUCCAGAUCAGACGAGAAGUUAUACCUCAGUGAGCUUGACCCUACGACCGCCUUCAUCUGAACCUCAACCGCCGAUAGACAUCAGGUCCCAGGGUUCGAGUCUCACCUACUCAACCUCAUCAGUGGAUCCACGUGGGUUCCAAAGCCGUCUCCAGAUCAGCAUCGGCCCCGGAAACAUUGGGAGCGUUGCUGCGGCAAGAAUAAGACCACCUAUGGGUCAUGCAAGACCCAACAGUUUGAUUCCCGUCGCAUCUCCUCAUAGACCUCCAGGAUUGCCAGCUGGUCCUCCAAGUCAGUUGCCACGUCCCACGACGACAAUGAGCGCACCAACGACCCCAUCGGCUCCAGCAAUCGGGAUCAUCAGCAAUCCCAGCAGUUUACCAACAACACCAAGCAAUCCCGUGUCUUCAUUCCCUAGUCAAAUUAAAGACGCUGUCAGUAUUGAUCUCAGCCGUCUCUCUCAAUAUUCAGUAACAGAGAAUCAAAAAAAAUUGAUAACGGAGCAGCUUUUGAGGAAAGAAAAACUUGCCAAGGAAUUAAAAAUAGAAAAAGGACGACUUGAGGCUAUAAAAAAAGAAAUUAAUGCUAUCCAGGGUCCAGUUUAUCCAAUAGUAUCUCUUGAGAAACGCGCAAUAGAAUUAAAAAGUGAAAUUUAUCAACUGGAGCUCGAAUGUGGAUUACUAACGAACGAAGUUGAUAAAAGCAUUAAUCCAAAUGUCCCACUAGGAGAAACUAAUGAAGAAUUUUACCAUGGAAUUUAUCGCGGGCAGCCGAUAAAUUUACCAGUGACGUCUCCGCCGCCGUUGCCCAGUGUCCCGCCGGCUUGGGACCCGAGUGCUCAAAAUCUCCAGAGUAACCAAGACGAGGAGGAACGCGACGGGCCCUCGUGGAUUUGUGAAAAGUGUACUUUUGAUAAUCAUCCCCUGAUAGACAUAUGCGAGGUGUGUCUUAUGCCCCGAUUCCGAGAGCUUGAAGACGCAGGUACGAGAAAUAACCGACCGCGGAUUAUAAAUCGGCAACCGCAAACCCAGCAGCCGAAUUCGAGCUCAUUGAUGUCUAAUAUUUCAAAGCAAUCGACAUCGCGCGUUUAAUGUUGUGCCUUUUUAUUUUUAUUUAUUUUCUAACUCCAGUUGUGUAUUUUCCAAUAACUGCACGUAUAUUUUUUUAAUUUUUACUGUACAUAUUAAAAAUAUUUAAGAUAAAAUACAAAUUAAUUUUAAAAUUAAACUGUAUAUACAUAAAUUAUUUAUAAGAAUUUAAUGCUUUUAAAAUUAAAAUGUAAGCUUUUGUUUUUUUGUGAUAUUGACUAAUUAAUAAUUAAUUAAUAA